GCGAAUCCUUACUUGAGCUUGUACGACGACAGGAUUGGGGAUCAGGGAGCCCUUGUGCUAUCAGAGGUAUUAAAGAACGACACAUAUCUGGUCACUUUAGACUUGAUUUACAACUCAAUUGGGAAUGAAGGAGCUCUGGCACUCAAAGGCACUCAAGACAAAUACCACCUUGAGUAGUUUGAACCUGAGUUGCAACCCAAUUGGAUAUGAAGGAGCUCUUGCACUGUCAGAGGUACUAAAGACAAACACGAUGUUGAGAGAUUUGGGCUUGCAUAGCAUCUGUGUUAAGAACAGAGCUCUAGUGUUGUCAGAGAUGCUCAAGGCCAACACGACGUUGGCCUGCUUGUACUUGACAAAAAACUCGAUUGGGAAGGAAGGGGCUCAAGCAUUGUCAAGGGCACUCAAGGUCAACGCGGCUCUACGAUCUUUGCACUUGGAGGGUAACACAGUUGAGAAGAAAGGGACCCUUGCACUGUCUGAGCUACUCAAGACCAAUACAACUUUAAAAUACUUGAAUAGCAACAAGAUUGGGGAUGGGGGGGCCCUUGUACUGUCAGAGGCACUAAAGGUCAACGCAACGUUGACCUAUUUCAGCUUAAAUGGCAAUUGUAUUAGAGACGGAGGUGCUCUGGCGCUGUCAAAGGCGCUAAAGGCCAACAUGAGUUUGAAAUAUUUGGAACUGAAUGCCAACAAAAUUAGAAUUAAAGGAGCCAUUGCACUGUCAGAGGCGUUCAAGGUCAAUUCGACUUUGAUCAGGUUGGGAUUGCAUAGUAACCCAAUUGAGGAUGAGGGAGCUCUUGGACUGUCCAAGGUACUCGAGGUGAAGAAGAUCUAUGGACGCUAUUAGUAAAGAAUGAUCUCAACCAGCUCCUCUCAUGCAGUAUGCUUGUCCUUUCAGGAUAUUUAUUUGUGU